AUGUCGCAGUGCUUAGAGGGAGUCAGGCAUUUACUUGCAUCCCUUCAAAGCUGUUGUGAUCUUGAACUGUACAAAAAAUCAAGAGGCAUAGAAGAUCCUGAAAUUCUAGCUAGAGAGACCUUGUUCAAUAUGGAUAUUGAAAUCAUCUCCCAAGAAAGCAUCAAGCCAUCUUCCCCAACACCACCAAACUUGAAAACAUUUGAGCUUUCUCUCCUUGACCAACUUAUUAUCAGUCCAUAUGUACCAAUCAUCUUAUACUACCCAAAUAACAAUGGUGAUACCAUUUUCCAAGCUAUAGAAAGAUCAAUAGCUCUAAAAAAGUCUUUGUCCAAAACAUUGACUCAGUUUUACCCACUUGCUGGCAGAGUCAAGGACAAUCUUUCUAUCGAUUGCGACGACGUUGGUGCUAACUUUGUGUUAGCUUUGGUUCAUCGUCGUCUUGAUGAGUUUUUGCGCAAUCCUGACCACGGAUUGAUCAAUAGGUUUUUGCCAUUUGAGCCUAGUUUUGAUGAAUCUAGUGCGGGUGAAGCUCGUGUAACAAAUGUUCAAAUGAACAUUUUUGAAUGUGGUGGAAUCGUCAUUGGUUUGUGCAUUUCGCACAAGAUCCUUGAUGGGGCUGCUCUUCACACUUUUCUUAAAGGAUGGUCCAAUAUGGCAAGUGGGGCUAAAGAAGUUGUCUAUCCGAAUUUAACGGCACCAUCUCUUUUCCCUGCUAAAAGUUCAUGGCUUAGGGACAUAUCAAUGGUCAUAUCUCAAUCACUAUUAAAACAAGGAAAAUGUGUCACGAAAAGAUUCUUAUUUGGUUCAGAUGCUAUAGCCAAACUUAAGACAAAGGCGGCUACAAAUGGAGUUCAAAACCCAACUCGUGUUGAGGCAGUAUCCGCUUUGAUAUGGAAGUGUGCAAUGGCGGCUUCUAAAGAAGCAUGUGGUUUACAGAACACUUCUCGCCUGACCCAUUUUGUAAAUCUGCGUAAAAAACUUGGACCGACUUUAUCAAAACACUCUAUAUGUAACUUGAUCUGGAUCGCAAACGCAGUGUGCCCAGAUAGCCAUGAGACCACGUUGGAUGGUUUGGCAAAUAAGGUUCGCGAAAGCAUUUCCAAAAUCGAUGUUGAGUUUGUGAACAAGGCUCAAGGUGAUGAAGGGUACAUUGCUAUAAUGAAGUCACUUCAAGAAAUGGGACAAGUUGCCUCCAAAGGGCCUAUAGACAACUAUAGUUUUACAAGCUGGUGCAACAUGGGUUUCUAUGAAAUCGAUUUUGGAUGGGGAAAACCGAGUUGGGUCACUGGUCUCGUAGGUGACGGUGUCCCGGUGUUCAUGAAUCUUGUUAGCCUAAUGGAUGCAAAAUCUGGUGAUGGAGGAAUAGAAGCAUGGUUGAAUCUGGAUGAAAUAGAUAUGAAAAUUCUUCAAGGAAACCAAGAGUUACUUGCUUAUGCUUCACUAGAUCCAAGUCCUCUUUAA